CUUUCGCUACUUCAUCUCUAACAAUUUAUUGUACAAAUUCCUCUCAUUUAAGCCCUUUCGUUCCUUCUUCAGGAGAUCAGGACAUAAACUGGUGACCAUUUUAGUAGAAUAAAUCAAGUCAUGUCCAGUACUAAGAUCACAAGUCCAGCAUCACCUUGCUGCUUCAACUCCAUUGUAAGAGGCUGCCACAGACCACAUCUUCCUCAGUUUGGACCAUACAACCUUAAGACAAUCCAACGUCUAAAGAAGAUCGAUCAAUCCCAUCACGUUUUCUUGAAGUUCAGUGAGAAAUAUGGGAUUUCUAGAACUACAUCCGUGUCGAGCAACAUUCAGCCCAAGGCUUCUUCAUCUUCCUCGGACUCUUCUUCGUCGCCAUGGAAAAAAUGGUUGUUGGGGGUACUAUUUACUGUGAUCCUACCUGCAGUUGGUCACAAGGGGGGCCUCCUACUAGGCCUCAAAGGCAAGAUCGACCAAGCUAUAGAGACGGUGGAGCAUGUGACGGAAGUGGUGGAGGAGAUAGCGGAGGAGGCGGAGAAAAUCGUGGAGGAGGUGGAAGAGAAGCUUCCCGGUGACUCAAAGCUCAAGGAGGCACUUGAAUCGUUCGACGAUCUAGCUAAAAUGGCCGUCAAAGAAGCCAAAAAAGCCGAAGACCUAGUUCACAAGGUAAAAGAUGUGGAGGAAGAGAUAGAGGAUGCCCUCCUAAAGGCUGGUAAAGAUGAAGCGAAAAAGUAGCCACCAGCCAAACACGGUCUAUUAGGGAGAGAAGGACUACACUCAUCUUAUCAUUUUUGUACCAAAUAAAGAUGCCACAAUUUUUCUCUUAUGUAUAAAAUUCAUUGCCUUCUUCACAUUCGCUACUUAUCCUAUUAAUUUUGCAUAUUCGUCCCUAUGGAAGAAGGAAAUUUCAUAGGCCAUCA